GGGCCAAAUGGCACGCUUUGCCCUGGAAUGACCCUCACCGGAAAACCCGCAAAUCACCGUACAGAAGUUGACUUUCAGGUUAUUAAAAUAAGCUAUGGAUUCAAAACCUAACUGGAAGAUCCAGAUGCACCCACACAAACUUUCUUGGAAUUUCCGUUACCAAACAAAUACUAGGUGUUCAACACAUGGAUAGGAGGAGUAUAUUUUAGUGUCUUUUUUUUGUAGUUCCGUUGUGUCAUAUGCAGAGAUAGAUAUGGAGCAGGUCUAUUAUAGUUGCUUAUUUUAGUGUCUUUUUUUUGUAGUUCUGUUGUGUCAUAUGCAGAGAUAGAUAUGGAGCAGGUCUAUUAUAGUUGCUUCUUCUAGUCAAAGGGAUUAGUUGUGCUCCUUUUGCUUGCGCCAUUCCUAGUCGAUCUCUCACUUUCAAGAAACUAAUCCCACUACAGAUCUUCUUUCUUACUUUCAAGCUUCUUGUGUUUGUUGGGUGUUGGCUUUUAUCGAUCAUCACAUGAGAAAAUGUCAAACUUGGGAAACAACAGUGGCAACAUGGCUGCACCUUCUUUCCAUGAAUUCAAGAAACAGGCUUCCUUCUUCUUGAAGGAGAAGAUCAAGACCGCCCGGUUGGCCCUUACCGACGUUACCCCUGCUCAGUUAUUGACUGAGGAAGCCACAAAUGGAAAUCCGUGGGCACCGGACACGCGUACCCUGAAGAUCAUAUCGCGGGCUGCUUUCGAAGUCGAUGAUUACUGGAGAAUUGUGGAGAUUUUGCACAAGGGGUUGGCUAUAUUCGAUAGAAAAAACUGGAGAUCGUCUUACAACGGUUUAAUUCUUCUAGAGCACUUGUUGACCCAUGGGCCAGAGAGUGUUGCUGAGGAAUUCCAAAGUGACAGAGAUGUUAUUACAGAGAUGGGAAGCUUUCAACAUAUUGAUGAGAAAGGAUUCAACUGGGGCCUUACUGUCAGGAAGAAGUCUGAGAGAAUAUUGAAGCUGCUAGAAAAGGGUCCUCUUCUAAAGGAAGAGAGGGAUCGGGCUCGGAAAGUGACCCGAGGGAUUGAAGGAUUUGGAAGCUUUUGCCAGCGGACUUCUUCAGCUGAAGGAGUUCUUCGCCCAUCAUCUUUCAGAGCAUACGGAAGAUGCAACUCUCAGUUUAAUGACCAUGGAAAUGAGGAAAAUCAGUUUCCAUCCUCCAGUAAUGAAGAUUUAACCCAAACAGUGCCUAAAAAAUCAGAUGAGACUCAUGAGGAAAAUAUCAAUUUGUUUUCUAGCAAGAAAGUAGAGAAUUCAAGGUCUCGGAAUGAUUUUGCUGAUGCUGAAAACCGGAGUUCCAAAGAGAAUGUUGCUCCCGAAAAGGAAGAUUUCGCAGAGGAUUCCCAUGAAUGGAGUUGCACAGGGGAAUCCAAAUCCCUCUUGGGUGAUGAGAAAUAUGAUACUGCAAGUGUUUCUAGACAGGAGGAAGAUCACCCUUUCUGUGAAACUGAGCAUCAAUCUACUCACUCCCUGCUUUCCACCACAGUUCAACACAUGCAAGCUUGUUGAAACUCUAGUGGAAUUUUGAAACACCAGCUCGUUAUCCAUAACGAACACAUUGUGUGAACAAUUGGAUGAAUUUCAUUCGGCAUCUAUUUCUUCAAAUAAGCUACACAAAAUCGGAUUAAUUGCCCCUUUCUUUGGAAUCUAUACAUACAUCCAAGCAAGGAUAUGAACAAAGCAAUUCCUGCGUUGUUAUUUCCCAACCUAAUUCAUACAGUCAGUAACACCUCUCCUUAUCUACUGACGAAAACGAAGAAGAAAAGGUAGAUACACCUCCAAAUACAACUCUACAAAUAUACCUACAAGAUACAAUGCACUUAUAUUUUGAAUGCGACUUUAUGAUUUGCAAAGCCAAUCUUGAAUAGCAUGUCUCAGAGCAUAGUUAGGAGUGAGAUGCAAAUGGUCCAAUUUCAAAUUGGUCAUCGGAGAAGUUUCCCGGCCAUUUUCCAACCAUCCAAUCAAGGCAUCCCUUUCGUAGGUGAACCCAUCAGCUGCCACCUGAGGGUCGUGCAUUAUCUCCUAAAAAAGCAAUUCCAUGAAAAACGUGAGACAUGUACACAGCAACAUAUUCCAACUGCCUAGGUAAAUAAAAUGCAGAAAUGCACAGCCUAUGUACACAUUAUAUUCCCAAUUCAGUUAGUUCAAGCUUCAGCCAAAGCUCAAGAUCCACUGAAGCUUUGCUAUUCUUCCUUAAGUUUGGUUAGUUGUUAACUUAAGUCUUAAGGCUAGGUUUGGAUCACGAAUCUGUGGAAACAAACACCUAGGAAAUCAAAAUGAACGAGUAACCAAAGAACAGUUUCAGCGUCUCAUUUUCUCCGUUCCUUAUUCCUUCGCCUUUUCCUAUGCACAAAGUCGUUCCAAACACAACCUUAGGGAACCUAAUUUAAUCAUCUUGAUGAUCAAUAAGCCUAAUAAAGAUUGUUCACGAGCCCAAAAGCUCCAACUCAAAAGGGAAAUCUGUAUGCUGUUCAUUAAUAAACAUUUUACAUAUCAAAAACAGUUAUCGCUAAAUAGCACAUAUGACAGUCAAUGAACCUCAGCAAGUUGAGUGCAGUCCGAUAAAGUGCAAAAAUGCAACAUCUGGAGCAGCAGCAGGAGGAGUUCAUCUUGCUCAAGAUACAAACAAUAAAAACUUGUCUUGAGUGCCCAAAAUUCCCUAACGCCAUGUUUUCACGAAUCCUCUCCUGGUGAGUGCUUAGUGCCUCAGCAGUAACUGUGGUCACCCUAGAUUUUCCCCAUCUCCUAGAAGCAGGCAUCACACCAAGGGCUAAAAUUGCUCAUACAAUCCACAAGAAAGCCUCAAAGCUCUGAGAUAUCUCUAUAUAUUAGACUAUUAAUUUCGAAGCAUUACACAGUUUCAAAUAGGUGGACACCUCCUAAACCAUCUAGAACUAGGAUUUCGAGAAUUAGGAGCAACUGAACUUUAGGCUUACAAAAACUAAAUAAUAAUACUAGAAGGACUCGUCUUGAGCAAACUACUAAAUGCAUAAAUUGACUCACAAUGACCCAAGGGCAACCCAGCAACUCAUAUCCAGAAAUUCUUCAAAUUACCAAACUAAACCUGAGCAAUAUAACUAUAAGAACUGGCCACCAACAUACUUUGUCCUAACAUAAACAUAAAUAAGACUCCUCUAAUACAAGAAGCAUCAUAAUACAUCGUUCCAAUUGAUCCCAAAUACGUUCGGCUUGAAACUAACCAAUUUCAAAACUUCAUCGCCUCUUUGAUUUUAGUUAUUCUUGAUCUUCUUAUGACAUGCAUCACUAUUGCCAUAUAUAUCAAGAACAUUGCUCACCUGAAGUAUAGGGCACAAGAAGAACGAUGGCACCGGCCGUUCUUCUGAGGUAUGCAACCGCUCUAGUUCCCUAACCAAACUUGGCGUUAGCUCAGGCCUACCCCUGCUGUUCAACUCACAGCACUGCAACCCAAGGUACACCAAUUUUU